AGACGCGACUGGAUUCGCUUGGAACGGUGUAGUCCGCAGUCGCGAACCAAUAGGAAGGGAAUAGACAUUACCGAGUUUCGGCAGGCUCUUCUUCUCUCACUCGUCACUCGUCACAUGACCCGCACUCCUGUACGGUAGGCCAUAUUUGACAGUGGCACUAGUUUAGCGAAGUGAGUGCGUGAAGAUCGCUCUUCAUCCCACGUUCGCGUUUUCGACAACCUGUAAAUACUCGUGAUCGAUUUGACCUACGAGUCUUAAACGCAUCAAAAUGAGCAGUGAAUAUUCAGAAGGAUCUCCUGUUUAUGCUCCCUUUUUCGGAGUAAUGGGUGCCGCCUCAGCCAUUAUAUUUUCUGCUCUAGGAGCAGCAUAUGGCACAGCAAAGUCAGGUACAGGAAUUGCAGCCAUGUCUGUUAUGAGGCCAGAACUUAUCAUGAAAUCUAUCAUUCCUGUUGUUAUGGCUGGUAUCAUUGCCAUUUAUGGCCUUGUAGUAGCUGUUCUCAUUGCUGGUGGUCUAGAAGAACCUAGUAAAUACAGUCUGUACAAGGGUUUUGUUCAUCUGGGUGCUGGCUUAGCCGUAGGUUUUUCUGGUCUAGCUGCUGGAUUUGCCAUUGGUAUUGUUGGUGAUGCAGGUGUAAGAGGUACCGCACAACAACCUCGCCUGUUUGUUGGUAUGAUCUUGAUUCUAAUCUUCGCAGAAGUAUUGGGUCUCUACGGUCUCAUCGUUGCCAUCUACUUGUACGCCAAGUAAAAUGAUUUUAGUAGCAGGAAUGCAAGACUCGUCGCCUGCAACCAACAGCGCUCCCCGACUAUUAAAAUAUUACGACUUGUUUCGACAUUUUACUUAAAAACAUUUUUUCCAUACAUACUCACAUCGACUCAUCUAAGCAUCCUUCUGUAAUACUGUAUUCAAGUUGAUAUAUUAGAGUCCAAGCAUUUAAUAAGUACAUAUUCAUUAUAUAAAUAACAUAAUUGUUGAAAAAUGCUGCAAGCAAGUAACAAGAGUGCUGAAAAUCUAAUUAAUUGAUUAAAUAUUUUGAAUUGAAAAAACAAAUAAUUCAGUCUUGCAGGAAGAGGAUGUAUGUACAGAAGAUAUGAAAAGCAACAGGCGACAGGGAGUUACACUGAGGAAAGACCCCAAAUAUCCCAUGUCGAACAUUUCUCUUUCACUGUAUAGUAAUCAUUUGUAGCGUAGUUUGACAUUGAAUUAUCAAUUAAGAUAAUCGGCUCUACUGAGUGUAUAAAGGAAAAAACUGUUAAUGAUAAAAGAAUAUUUAGCACAAUUACAUAUAUUAAACGCGAUUGAAGUGGCAGUAUACAGAUUGCAGAUGAACGUCUUUUAUGACAAACGUCUACAUAAAAUUAUAAUAUUUAAAUCAGAAAGUGGGAAAAAAAAAUGCAAGAUUGCAUGUAAGAAACAGCAUAAUAUGCAAUGGUUGUACAAACUAUAUCUUGAACAAAAAAAAGGAAAGAACGUAGAUAUUGUACAAUCGAAAUUAUAAGACACAAAGUAUAGUAUAUGGGAUGAAAUUUUAGAGAGGAAAAUGAAAUGAAUGUGAGUAGAAAAUGGACAGAUACAUGAUAGUAUUAAGUCAAUUCAGAGACUGCUGGACGUAUUAGGAAUUUGCACUUAUUAUGGUUUUGAAUAAUUCUGGGUGACUGCAUAGGCCAGCAGUAAUUCCCCUCUUUUAGCUGUAAACAUACUUAUUUCACGUUUCAUUAGAAAUAUAUAUACAUAUAUAUAUAUAUAAGUUAAUGAAGUGAAAGGUAUGUUAAGACAUCACAAAAAAAAAAAGAUUCCAUACGUUCCAGCAGAUGUAUGACUACCUAAGAAAGGGGUUACGAGAUAAUAAUGAUGAAAAAAAUCAUUUGUACAUUCCAUACUAAGUUCGUUUUGUGCAGGCGAGCGGGCGCUUGUAAUGGCGCGACAAAUGUAGGUUUUUUGGGAAAGAAAAAAAGAACAAAUUAUACGUUCGAUACUUCACAUUUUCUUUCGUGACAAUGUUUUUAAAUAAAUAUAUUUAUGGGGUUGAAAAACGAUGCAAACGAAACUUUUUUCGGAGGUUCAUUGUUAUAGGAGCUGACGGUGAACUCUGAUAUAUGUGUUAUGGCCUUUUAAUCGGCCACCAUCUCUCCCCGUAAUAAAUAUAUCGUGUCACGGUCGAGGACAAGAAUUCUUUGCGCCCGCUUGCCAAAUUUUAUUGACUGCGCAGUAUUUUCUAUCUAAAAAACAACAAAGCUCAACAUGUAGGCGCAUUUCCGGGAGAGAAAUAAACAUAUAAAACACUAAACAUUUCAAAACCAUUUCAGUUUACGAUAAUAGCGCAUGAAACCAAAAAGAUGCGAAUCCCAUUUCUUCGAAUUUAUCUGAUCGGCAAAAGAAGAAAAAAAGAAACAAAUGCACGAGUAAUAGGAGAAAAAAAUUUUAGCUUUGAGAUAUCCUUUUAUUAUUGAUUGAUUCUCGCUUGAAAAUAUACCUAUAUUAAAUUGCAUUGCUAAUAACAGUUUUUUGAACAAAUAGGCAUUAGAAACUCUAUUGCUUUCUUUUUUUUCAAAUUCUUAACAACGAUGAUAGAAAGAAACGGAGUAAAAAUGGCGUAAAGGAAAUGGAAGAAAAAUUGAACAUUUUUUGUGAAUAAUUCGUAACUAGCAGUAUAACACAAGUGAAACGCAAAUGCGAGCCGGGGAGCGGUGGUGGUGGCUUUCUGCAACGAGAUAGAAUGAAGGAAAGAUAGAGUGAUAGAGAGCGCAAGAGCGAUCUUCACUUUAAACAAAACACAACUUUAUAUUCGAACAAAAUGCAAAAAAGCACACGAAUAUAUUACGCCAAUUACCUCUGUUCCCCCUUCUUCCUGCCAUCCUAAAUAUGUUUCCUAUCUAUCUAAUAAUGAUAAUUAAAAGAAAAAGAAAGAAACAUCUGUUAUCUAAUCAUAAAUUGUUCCCGUGCAAUGUAUAUAUCACCCGCCAUGCUUUACACAAUACGAUUAAAAAGAGUUUUUUAGGCUAGAUUAGGUUGGGUAUUAAUUGUAUACCAAAAAAUCUUGUGUAGUUGAGAGCGAAAGUAAAAAUUGAUGUGCAAAUAGGCGUGUAUGUGUGUGUGUUGUGUGUGCGUGGUAAAGAAAGGAAGUCUGGUGAAUGCUAGUGUAUGUGAGGAAGAGUGAAUGAAAAAGCCCAAAAAGUAAAGAAAGGGAAAUAAAUGAGAAAAGAGCACUGGCAGAUGGAGGAAAGACACCGCUGUCACCGCCGCCGCCGCCCCUCAUGUACUAUCUUCCAGUGUUAUAUUAAAAAUAGACUCAUUGUUGAGCGCAAAAAAGUGAUACUGAUCAAUAAUAAUUAUUUAUGUUAUAAUUCGUCCUCGAUGUUACAGAAAAGAAAACCGUGUUUAAUAAAAAUUUAAUUUGGACAAACAGUAUCAGUACUCACUUGUGUAUCAUCGAAAAUUUACCUAGCUGUAUACACUAUAUUACUAGCGAUAAGAGUAAUUAAACGCAUGAUGACGAUCCAUUUUUUAUCACUGCCAUUCAAUUUAAAGAACCAUGCUUUCUAUAUUACAUCACUGGUACCUAAAUCGCGUCUCACUGCAACAUUGUUCGAUGUUUUACGUGUUCGAAGAAAAAGAAACAAAACCUAGAGAAUGAGAUAAAGAAAAAUUUGUGUAAAAAAGUAGCUGGAAAAAAGAAAGAAAAGUCAAUACGAUACAGAAGAAAGAAUAGUUUUAUUGAUUUGUCAAAACGUUUUAGUUUUAACCUUUUUUAACGAUCAAACGAUAUUUCAUCGGAUACUCAAUCUUAACAUACUUAUUCCUCGCUUGUGAAUAUAAAUGAUUGUUUACGUAAUGUAUUCAGUAAACGUUGAAAAUUGAAUUAACAUUGGACGAAAAUUACUGUUAAAACUGCAUGUGAAGGGAAAUGCAAAUUUGUUACGUAAUCGAACUUGUUCUACAGAUAGGAAAUUUUAUCUAUGCGGUCACACACACAUAUAUUCACAUAUCCCUAAAAACAUGUACACACAACCAUACAUGCAUACAUACGUGCGCAUAUAUAUAUAUAUAUACAUGUGCUGCGUAGCCGAAGUAAAAUCAGGUCGUACUCUAAAAUAAAUCGAUACCCAUCUUACUUUCAUUUAAAAUGGUACAACUAUCAUUGUUAAGCAGUUUAUCAGAUAAUAUAAUAUAAUUUGUUUGAGAAAUGUUAGUUGACUUGUAUCGAAAGUACAUAUAAAGCAAGUAUUGCUUUAAUGAUCGAUCCUUGCUAAUGUAAAUACCUUAAAAAAAAUAUAUCAAGAUAGAGUCUGUGA